GAAAAUGAUAUCAGUGCAAGCCUACACAAAAGUUAAUGUAAUGUACACAUAAUACAUUCCAUUCCAAUAAAUCAGAAUUUAAUUAAUUUGCUGUUUGUAUCAUGAGUUUUAUGUUAUCACGACAAACUGAAGGAGGUGGACAUUUUGUUUGUAAACAAACAAACUUCCUGUUGAACAGUAGACAGUUUGCAUGCUGAGCGAGUGUUGGUCGUGUUGUUUUUUCAGGAAUUUUUCCCAAGGUCGCGAAAAUUUACUGAGAAGCGCAGUCUACAAAAGGUGUAUUUUAGGUCUCGGUGAUUUCAAGAUUACAACUCCAAUAUCAGAAGUUUCUCCAAUGUACCUAUAUACUGGUGGGUUUAUAGCCUAAUUAAAUUUGUACAGCAGUUGUAUGCCUAGAAUUCUGGUAAUAUGGCCUCUGCUCCCGAAACACAACCAUUGAGUUCAACGAAAACAAAAAAGAAGAAGAGUAAUCAUGGCAGCCACCACCACCAUCAUACAACACCGACUGGGGAGCCUGUGAACAAUGUUAGGAGAUCGAACCGCAAACAACCCCGUCAACUGGAGUUCAACCAAGCUAUGAGGGACUUCAAGACGAUGUUUCCCGAGAUGGAUAUGGACGUGAUUGAGGCUGUGCUUCGUUCCAACAAUGGCGCAGUAGACGCAACUAUAGAUCAGUUGCUUAGUAUGCAGUCGGACUCCCCUGCACCAGCCUACAGCUCGUCGGGCUUUGGUGCAAUACGAAAUGAAGAGGAACCCCCACCUUAUUCUCCCCCUUCUCCAAACAGUCCCUUUAUACAGACAAAUAUAUUAUCAGGCGACAAGCCCCUACCCCCAACACCUUCAAACAUCCUUACCCCAGCGCCUUCAAACAUCCUUAUUGGUAUGCCCAGCUCCCAUCCAGGUGUCACAACUCCAUACAAGAAUUGGAAUCCACCAUUACUUGGAAACCUUCCAGAUGAUUUCCUCCGAAUCAUUCCAGCUAAAAAGCAACCAGAGUUGAUUUCAUCCACCCUACGGCAAAGGUUAGCUCAGAACAAAGAACGUCAAAACACGACAGAUAAAGAUGAUGUUGAGGCGCUACAGAUGUUGGAAGAUGAAAGAGUUGCUCUUAGUCUUCAGAAUCAAGAAUUUUUACAGGAGCUUCAGCGUAAUCCAGAAUUUUUGUCAGCUUUAGAAAAAGAUUAUUCCAAUGCAAUAAGACAGGGUGCUGUUCAACCAUUUUCACCAUCACUAAUGCAACCGGUAAUGGGAAUGCAAACAUCACGCUAUACUGAAGGCAUUACUGGCGGAAUGGGCACGCAGACGCCACAGGAAGGCAGUGCGGGAGUCUCUAUAGCUGUAGGUGGAGCAGCGGCCGGAACAACUAAUGAUCCUGUUUUUGAAGCUAAAUUAUCACAUAUGGGAAAAUCAACAAAAGCAAAGCUAGCACAGCUGGCAAAGAAAUUCAACAAGAAAAAGAAGAAGAGGAAUUCUAGAUAUGGCCAAACUGAAACAGGUCCAUCGUCUGAUGGGCUGCUAGAUGAGUAUGCAGAGGAUGAUACUAGUUUGUUAACGCAACGUAGAGGCAGAGCCGAGGAAAAUAUUUACUCAGACUUACAGUCAUCUACUGUGAGAAAGAAGAGGGGUAAUGAGGAGCCUAUAGUAUUCUACAGUGAGGAUGACCAAUUCCCAUUGCACCGUGGUCCAUAGUCUCACAUCCACAUUGACUCAUAAAAGACAGUGCGUAAACAGGUGAAAAGACCUGAAGAAGAACAAUCCUUAACAUCAGAUGCCUAAUUGACUGAGACACAACAUUGAGGGAUUCCGUUUAUGAUGGACAUUUGGACAAUCUAGUAUCUACCGAACAACUGAAGAUGAAGCACACUUGAUAUUUAUCAUCUCCAAUCAGCUUAUUUUCUUUUUGCUGAAGAGAUUUAUUUUGGAUUAUAUUUGUAGAACUUUAUAUUUUAUUGUAAUUAUAAAACAUGUUAUAAAAUUUCAAGUUUGCUAACAUACACAUUAAUAAUUUGAAUGUUGGACUUGAAAGAACAUUGCUGGACAAAUGAGAAAAUUCCUUAGUUUAAAACUAUAUAACUGUUUUUUUUUUAAAUGAUUAGAUGCUUUUAAAGAUGUAUUGUCCUAUGCUAAAUAACAAAAAAAUCAAUAAAAAAAUAUUUUUUGAAAUUAACUUGCCCAUUUUGAAG